AUGACAGAGCUGAACGCCGAGGAUCCCCGGGCUCCCCACGUGGCGGAAGGCGCGCCCUCCCCGACCCAGGUCGGAUCCCCUCUGCUGGGGCGCCGGGACGCUGGCUCCUUCCAGGUGAACCAGGCCUCGGACGCCUCGACGGUAGCCUCGGCUAUUCCCAUCUCCCUGGACGGGCUGCUCUUCCCUCGGCCCUGCCAGGGGCAGGACCCCGACGGGAACUCGCGGGACCAGCUCCCUCUGUCAGACGUGCAGGGGGCGUAUCCCAGAGUCAAAGCCGCGGGCGGUGCCGGAGGCGGCAGCUCUGGAGCCCCGGCGAGGGAGAGCGGGCUGCUGGACAGUGUCCUAGACACGCUGCUGGCUUCCUCGGGACCCAGGCAGAGCCGCGCCAGCACUCCCGUCCGCGAGACCACCAGCCUUUGGUGCCGGUUUGGCCCCGAGCCUCCCAAAGACCCCCGGGCUGCCCCCUCCAUCCAGGGGGUGUUGUCCCCGCUCAUGAGCCGGCCAGAGGGCAAACCUGGCGACAGCUCUGGGUCCGCGGCCGCCCAGAAAGUGCUGCCCAGGGGCCUGUCGCCGUCCCGGCAGCUGCUGCCCCCGCCCCCCGGGGGCCAUUCCUGGCCCGGGGCGGCAGGAAAGCCGUCUCCGCAGCCCGCUGUGGUGGAGGAGGAGGAGGAGGAGGAGGAGGACUCCGAGUCUGAGGGCUCGGUGGGGCCGCUUCAGAAGGGCAGACCUCGGCCUCCGGGAGGCACGGCAGCCGGGGGCGGAGCCGCGACAGCUGCCCUGGGGGCAGGCGCAGGCGGCGUCGCUCUGGUCGCCCGGGAAGAUGCCCGCUUAUCCGGGCCGCGGGUCUCCCCGGCGGAGCAGGACGCGCCCGCGGCGCCCGGGUGCUCCCAGCUCGCCACCGCGGUGAUGGACUUCAUCCACGUGCCCAUCCUGCCGUUCAACUCGGCCUUCCUGGCCGCCCGCACCCGGCAGCUCUUGGAGGCGGAGAGCUACGACUCCGGGGCCGCGGCGGUCAGCGCCUUCGCCCCGCCACGGGGCUCGCCCCCCGCCUCGUCCGCCCCGCUCGCCGCGGGCGACUUCGCCGACUGCGCAUACCCGCCCGACGCCGAGCUCAGGGACGACGCGUUCCCGCUCUACGGCGACUUCCAGCCGCCCGCCCUGAAGAUCAAGGAGGAGGAGGAAGGCGCCCGGGCCGCCGCGCGCUCCUCGCGGCCGUACCUGGUGUCGGGGGCCGGCCCCGCCGUCUUCCCGGACUUCCCGCCGCCCCCGCGAGCGCCGUCGUCCAGACCCGAAGCGGCAGCGGCGGCCGCCCCCGCCGGCGCCUCGGUCUCGUCCGCAUCCUCGUCGGGGUCGGCCCUGGAGUGCAUCCUGUACAAAGCAGAGGGCGCGCCGCCCCCGCAGGGCCCGUUCGCGCCGCCGCCCUGCCGCGCUCCAGGCGCAGGCGCCUGCCUGCUGCCGCGGGACGGCCUGCCCUCCACCUCGGCCUCGGCCGCCGGGGCGGCCCCCGCGCUCUACCCGCCGCUCGGCCUCAACGGCCUCCCGCAGCUCGGCUACCCAGCCGCGGUGCUCAAGGAGGGCUUGCCGCAGGUCUACCCGCCCUACCUGGGCUACCUGAGGCCGGAUUCAGAAGCCAGCCAGAGCCCACAGUACAGCUUCGAGUCAUUACCUCAGAAGAUUUGUUUAAUCUGUGGGGAUGAAGCAUCAGGCUGUCAUUAUGGUGUCCUUACCUGUGGGAGCUGUAAGGUCUUCUUUAAAAGGGCAAUGGAAGGACAACAUAACUAUUUAUGUGCUGGAAGAAACGACUGCAUUGUUGAUAAAAUCCGCAGAAAAAACUGCCCAGCAUGUCGCCUUAGAAAAUGCUGUCAGGCUGGCAUGGUCCUUGGAGGUCGAAAGUUUAAAAAGUUCAAUAAAGUCAGAGUUAUGAGACCACUAGAGGCUAUUGCUCUCCCACAGUCGGUAGGCAUUCCAACUGAAAGCCAAGCCCUAAGCCAGAGAAUCACUUUUCCGCCAGGUCAAGAUGUGCAUUUGAUCCCCCCACUGAUAAACCUGUUAAUUAGCAUUGAACCAGACAUGAUCUAUGCAGGACACGAUAACACCCAGCCUGAUUCCUCCAGUUCAUUGCUGACAAGUCUCAAUCAACUAGGAGAGAGACAACUUCUUUCAGUAGUCAAGUGGUCUAAAUCGCUGCCAGGUUUUCGAAACUUACAUAUUGAUGACCAGAUAACUCUCAUCCAGUAUUCUUGGAUGAGCUUAAUGGUGUUUGGACUAGGAUGGAGAUCUUAUAAACAUGUCAGUGGUCAGAUGCUUUAUUUUGCACCUGAUUUAAUAUUAAAUGAACAGCGGAUGAAGGAAUCAUCGUUCUAUUCAUUAUGCCUUACCAUGUGGCAGAUCCCACAGGAGUUUGUCAAGCUUCAAGUUAGCCAAGAAGAGUUCCUCUGUAUGAAAGUAUUGCUACUUCUUAAUACAAUUCCUUUGGAAGGACUAAGGAGUCAAAACCAGUUUGAAGAGAUGAGAUCAAGCUACAUUAGAGAGCUCAUCAAGGCAAUUGGUUUAAGACAAAAAGGAGUUGUUUCUAGCUCACAGCGCUUCUACCAACUUACAAAACUUCUUGAUAACUUGCAUGAUCUUGUCAAACAACUUCAUCUGUACUGCUUGAAUACAUUUAUCCAGUCCCGGGCACUGAGUGUUGAAUUUCCAGAAAUGAUGUCUGAAGUAAUUGCUGCACAAUUACCCAAGAUCUUGGCAGGGAUGGUGAAACCUCUUCUCUUUCACAAAAAAUGAAUGCCAUUAUUAUCUUUGCAAAAUUAAAUAUUGUGGUUUGUCUUGUUGUUUUGGUCAGGAUUAUGAGGUCCCAAGUUUUUAUAAUGUUCUUCUUAAAGCCUUACAUUUAUAACAUAUCAUAGUGUGUAAAUUUCAGAGAAAAUUGUGAAGUUUUCAUUUUUUUCCUUUAUAAAGCAUAAUUAGAAUUUUUAAAGUGUUUUGUGUAACCAUAUUUUCUUUAAGACUUUACAAGAUUGAAAAAGUACUGAAAUUGAUUGUUAAACUUAGCCUUAUCCAUA